UGCAGAGCUGCAAUCAAUCUAGCAGCAGAUUGGCGAUGGAGAAGAGCGGGCUUCCCCUCCGCACCUGCCUCAAUCACGGGCUCUCUUGUUUGGCCUCUCCGCCAGACCUGCGCUUGAACUGAUUACCUGGCUGCUUGUGUACAGCUGAGGUUCACUGAAGUUUACUGUUUGGAGCUGACCUGGUCCAUGAAAUAAUCAGCAUGUCGGAUGCAGCGGGGCAGAUGUUAAGCCUGCGUUCUGAAGAUGGUGUGCAGAGCAGGAAGGAUGUUAAGGAGGACGGGGAAGCCGUCGUUGUGUUGAACACCCAUAUCAAACACCCAUUGCAGAGCCGCUGGGUGCUCUGGUUCUACAAGAACGACAAGAGCAAGAUGUGGCAGGACAACCUGAGGAUCGUCACCAAGUUUGACACCGUGGAGGACUUCUGGGCGCUGUUCGACAACAUGCAGCCGGCGAGCAAGCUGUCGUCGGGCUGCGAUUACGCUGUGUUCAGGGACGGCAUCGUGCCCAUGUGGGAAGACCGACGCAACAAGUGUGGUGGACGCUGGCUCGUCACGCUGUCCAAGCAGCAGCGGCACUCCGAGCUGGACCGCUUCUGGCUGGAGUCGCUGCUGUGUAUCAUCGGCGAGGGCUUCGGCUCCUUCAGCGGCGAUGUGUGCGGCGCUGUCAUUAACAUCCGCACAAAGGGGGAUAAGAUCGCUGUGUGGACCACCAACACCGAGAACCGCGAAGCCGUCAUUCACAUCGGGCGCAGAUACAAGGAGGAGCUUAACUUGCCGAAAAAGCUGGUAAUCGGGUAUCAGGCUCACGCGGACACGGCCACCAAGAGCAACUCCAUCACCAAGAACAAGUUUGUCGUGUGAAGUUCCCACAUCCUGUGAAUUUGGUGAAAUUAAGUUUUUUGGGUUUUUUUUUUUUGGUCUGUCCCGAACAACUGCUUUAAAAUACCCCAUAAUAAUCGUGGAUGUGGAACACUGCUAUGACCCAGCAUUUCAGAUUUUUUUUAUUUUUUCCCAUUCAUCAGAACUUGUGUUGUAAGACCUGCUGUUGAUUGCAGCUUCUUUUUGUCAUAAGCAAUUAAAAUCAUGGGGGGAAGAGAACUUCUGCAAACAAA